GCCACUGCGUCUAGUGACGUCUCAUCCCUUCCACGCGCCACAAAACCUGUCAUUCUAAAGCAGCAAGAGAAAGAAGUCAACUGGGAAGACGAGCGACUAAUAGCACUGACCGUUAAUCUUAAUCAAUUAGGCUAUAUUAUAUUGUUUAAUACUGACAACGACUACCACAUUAUCUUAUGUUAUAAUUUUACGAUUACCAAGUAGUUAGAGGUCUUCAUUUAGACUGGACGUCGUCGACAAGAUUCUGAAAGUAAUGUAUCCUGCCAUACAUCUGAGCGCGCGCGGUUCUUGCUGCGUAAAAGUUCUCCAUUUUCUAUUUGCGUGCAACUUAAUGUCUAGUUGAGGUUCUUUACGAAAAGAUGCUGUGGCGGACAGACUUCUGACAAGCUUUUGCUACGCGACAUCAGUUUUCUCCCUGGCUGCUUUUAGGCGCAGCAUUAAGAUCGCCCUGGCAACCAAUCCUUGCUGGGGCUGUGAAAUGUAGCUCUGGCGCCUGUUGUCAACAAAUGCUGCUUUAAUUAUCCACUCGUUCCAUGUCCGCACUAAUUACUAAUGCGACGUGCUGCUCGUUUUCAGCUAUUCGUGGUCGCUUGAAUGUAAAGUGAAAGGGAAGAACUGAAUGUGUUUGACGCUGUUGGCAAGGAGUUCCCGUUUACCAAGUCACUACUCGGCGACAAAAUGCCUGUGAGACGAGGUCAUGUUGGUCUCCAGAACACCUACCUGGACACUAUUAUCCGCAAGUUCGACGGACAAAACCGGAAGUUCCUGAUCGCCAAUGCCCAGAUGCAGAACUGUGGCAUCAUCUACUGUAACGAGGGCUUCUGCCAGAUGUUUGGCUUCUCGCGGGCGGAGAUCAUGCAGCAGCCCUGCACCUGCCCCUUCCUGGUGGGGCCGGGCACCAUGAAGAGCGCCCUGGCACAGCUGGCACAGGCCGUCCUGGGCAACGAGGAACAGAAGGUGGAGAUCCUGUACUACGCAAAAGAAGGUUCCUGUAAGGCGUGUCUGAUCGACGUGGUGCCUGUGAAGAGUGAGGAGGGGCAGGUCAUCAUGUUCAUCCUCAACUUCCAGGAGCUGGACUCCGCCCACAAGAAGAAGGGCGGGCUCAAACAGAAGAUGACCCAGGGAUGGAUACGGACAACUCAGACCAGGCGUAUGAGUCGAUUGCGGUUCCCGUCUCUGCGCUCCCUCAGGCGGGCCUCUCUCUCUAAGGACCAGUUUGAGGGAGUCGUGGUGGAUUACCUGCAGCCCUCCAACGAGCAGCUCCCCCUGAAGGAGUUCCGCAUCCCGUCCAAGGAGAGCUGCCUGCAGUCGGAGACCCAGGCCCUGAUCCAGGAGGACCCCCCGGCGCUGGCCCACUCCUCCUCCACCCACUCCUCCCUGUCCCGCCUCACCCUCACCCCCUUACCCCUCACCACCCAGCACCAGCACCUGGACCCCAACGGCCCCCUGGGGCCCCGCAGCCUCUCCCACGAGAGCGUCCGCAGCCUGCGGAGGGCGUCCUCGCUGGAUGACAUAGACGGCAUGAGGGCCGACUGGAGCGCCCGGACCGGAGAGCCUCGCUCCGGCAGCAACCUGAAGCCCAGCCUGUUAAACUCCACCUCGGACUCGGACCUGAUGCGUCACCGUGCGAGCGUCAUCCGCAUCCCUCAGGUCACCCUGUCCUUCGCCUCCGAACUCCUGCGCCCCCCCUCCCCCACCGAGAUCGAGAUCAUCGCGCCCAGCAAGGUCAAGGACCGCACGCAGAACGUCAGCGAGAAGGUCACACAUGUGACUCAGGUCCUCUCCCUGGGGGCGGACGUGCUGCCGGAGUACAAGCUCCAGGCUCCGCGCAUCCACAAGUGGACCAUCCUGCACUACAGCCCCUUCAAGGCGGUGUGGGACUGGCUGAUCCUCCUGCUGGUGCUCUACACGGCCGUCUUCACACCGUAUUCGGCCGCCUUCCUCCUCAACGAGCAGGAGGAGAAGCGGCGGCGCGUCUGCGGCUACACCUGCAACCCGCUCAACGUGGUGGACCUGGUGGUGGACGUGAUGUUCGUGGUGGACAUCAUCAUCAACUUCAGGACCACGUACGUGAACCGCAACGACGAGGUGGUGAGCCAGCCAGCGCGCAUCGCUCGCCACUACCUGAAGGGCUGGUUCCUCAUCGACAUCGUGGCCGCAGUGCCCUUUGACCUGCUCAUCUUCCGCUCCGGACCCGAUGAGGUGAGAGACCCUCAGACCACCACCCUGAUUGGCCUGCUGAAGACGGCCCGCCUCCUCCGCCUGGUGCGCGUGGCCCGCAAGCUGGACCGCUACUCCGAGUACGGCGCGGCCGUGCUCUUCCUGCUCAUGUGCACGUUCGCGCUGAUCGCCCACUGGCUGGCCUGCAUCUGGUACGCCAUCGGCAACGUGGAGCGCAGCAGCUCGGCCCGCCUGGGCACCCUGAAGAUCGGCUGGCUGGACUCGCUGGCCGAGCAGAUCGGCAAGGACUACAACGACAGCGACGCCAGCUCGGGGCCCUCCAUCAAGGACAAGUACGUCACCGCACUCUACUUCACCUUCAGCUCGCUGACCAGCGUGGGCUUCGGCAACGUCUCGCCCAACACCAACCCCGAGAAGAUCUUCUCCAUCUGCGUCAUGCUCAUCGGAUCUUUGAUGUACGCCAGCAUCUUUGGUAAUGUGUCGGCCAUCAUCCAGCGGCUGUACUCGGGCACGGCGCGCUACCACACCCAGAUGCUGCGGGUGAAGGAGUUCAUCCGCUUCCACCAGAUCCCCAGCGGCCUGCGCCAGAGGCUGGAGGAGUACUUCCAGCACGCCUGGUCCUACACCAACGGCAUAGACAUGAACGCAGUCUUGAAGGGCUUCCCCGAGUGUCUCCAGGCCGACAUCUGCCUGCACCUGAACCGCUCGCUGCUGCAGCACUGCAAGGCCUUCAAGGGGGCCAGCAAGGGCUGUCUGCGGGCGCUGGCCAUGCGCUUCAAGACCACGCACGCCCCCCCGGGGGACACGGUGGUGCACAACGGAGACGUGCUGACCGCCCUCUACUUCAUCUCCCGCGGCUCCAUCGAGAUCCUCCGAGACGACAUGGUGGUGGCCAUCUUAGGUAAGAAUGAUAUCUUUGGGGAGCCCCUCAGUAUGUAUGGGCGUCCCGGAAAGUCCAAUGCUGACGUGCGAGCGUUGACCUACUGUGACCUCCACAAGAUCCUGCGUGACGACCUGCUGGAGGUGCUGGACAUGUACCCGGACUUCUCCGACAUGUUCUGGAGCAACCUGGAGAUCACCUUCAACCUCCGAGAUGUAGACAGAAUCAUGCAGCCAACCCCCAGCGAGGACUCAGACUGUUGCUACCACAGACCGCGCCGCCGGAAGAACUCCCUGCACCGACGCAAUCGGCCUGAUGGGAUGGACAGAGAUGACUCGAACCCUGACCAGUCUUUCGUGGUAGUGGGUAACCACAGAGGGGUGCUGUCCGAGUCCCAUUGGGACGAGCUGGGCAGCAGCGGCGGCAGCGCAGCCUCCCUAUCCAGCGAGGACGACGCGAAGGGGCCAGGAGCCACGGGGCCAGGGGCCUGCAGCGAGCUUUACCCCACAGCCACAGCCAACGCCACUGCCAACCCCACCAAUGCCAGCUCUGAUGCCACCCGGGACUAUCAGCCGGCUGGGCACAACAUGCUGCCACCCAACAACACAGCCCACAGCAUGGGUACGCACCCUUAUAUGGCUCCUCUGAGUGUGUCGGGGCUGUAUAACUACUGGCCUGACCGGCGCUUCUCUGAGUCUCAGCAUCACCAGCGGCGCUCGUCCUCCAUGAGGGCGUCCUACGCCCCCCACGCCCCCUGCCCAGAGGAGCGGCCCAACGAACUGCAGGCCAGACUAGAGCUGCUGCAGUCACAGCUCAACAGAUUGGAGACGCGCAUGACAGCGGACAUCAAUGUGAUCCUGCAGCUGCUGCAGAGGCAGAUGGCCCCCGUGCCGCCUGCCUACAGCGCCGUGUCCCCCCCGCCACCGCCACCGCCCUCCAGCCUGUACGCCUCCAGCGGAGCCCCCGUACGCCACACAGCCAGCCACCCCCUCCCUCCCCCCAUACAGAUACACGCAACCCUGCCCACCUCCCCCGUCAAGAGUCCUGAGUCAGACAGCCUGCAGCACCGCUCCUCUGACUCCCUCUCCAGUGGCAUCCACCUGGCUGUGGCCUCCGACGACACCAUGUCCGUCUCCCCAGACAUGGAGAAGCCGCACGGCCUCUCCUCAACCCCAGCCCACUCCCCACCACAGCUCCACAUUCAAGCCCCAUCUCAACCCCAACCCACACCACAGGCCCAGUCCCAGGCCCAAGGCCUGGCUGUGGAGGACCCCUCCCAGCCCUCCCAGCUCUCUGGACUGCUAUGUGGCAGCCUGCGCUUCCCCUCCCUCCCUGAGAACCUGGAGGCCUCCAACGUCCCCACGGAGAUCCAGAGGCACGUCUCUGACCCCAUCCUGCCAGCCACCUAGACUAGAGGAACCACCACCAAAGAUGUUCAUUAUGGUAAUCAUACCAUGCGCCACCAAUGCAACAAAGUGGGAUCAUGUCCAGUCUCCUAAAUGGGCCUGACUCUCCAUCGGAACUCCAUUCAUUCUCCUAGACUCCUAGUCUCCUAAAGGGGCAUGGCUGCCAUAGGAUUGCAGCUUAGAACCUUACGUCACGUGGAUUUCGGAGGAAACUCUAUAUGCACUCUCUCUACCUUAUCAAUCAUCUCUGCCUCCACCACUCCCAGACUACAAUGCCUAGUCUUCCUCCUAGCAAUGGCAGUCUGCCCCCUAUACAGUCAAAACCCUGUAAACAGUGCCAUCUGCAGGCUGUCCAGAGACACAGCACCAUGAUGCUGGUGAUUCUGUAACAGUUCCCUCACUUCCUCACUCCAACAGAGGCUGCGUCGGCUAUUCAUAAGACUGAGGACACUGCACAAUCCCCCUGUGUGUGUGCAUAUUAGUUUCUACAAACAGACAUGACUGUUUACUGUUAAAUUAGGUCACAGAAGGAGACACAAACGCUAUAUGAACAGUUUGACAGAGAUGAGAAGAAAACAGAGGAACAGACCAAGGACAACACUUUAAGAAUAGACUUUAUCCAUGUGUAGAUAUAACCAGGGCCCUAAAUUGACUUUUUUCAUCACCAGCCACAAUGGCUAAUAGGGCCUACAUGUUAAUCUUACUAGCCAAACACACACUCCCUAAUGGGUCAAAGUGGCCAGUAAUUUGGUCUUUUCUACCAGCCAAACCAGCAGGUGUUAAUUUAGAGCCCUGGAUAUAACGUCAGACAACCUCUGACUGCCUGACAUGCUGACAUGUAAUUCAGGAUUGCACACAAAAAAAGUUCCUUAUAAGAAAUCAAGACGUAGCUGGCAUACUAAUUGGAGAUGAGGAUUUUAUUGACAGACGUUUAGAUAGAUAUUUGAGUAGAUAGUUUCUUUGUAGCAUCAGUAUUACACUUUUACACCCUUGUGCAAAUGAAAGAAAAUAGUAAGCUGAAAAUGCAGCAUGCCUGUUACAGAGUCUGAAACACGGUCCAGAACUUCAGAUUUAGAUUUUAUUGCGAGAUACAGUAGAUAGGCUUGGCAAGUGGACUUGUAAUGUUAAAUCAUGUAAAUCGGUCUGAUGCUGAUUCACUGGUCAAAUGCCAUUACAACUGCCAAUGGAUCGGUCAAUAUUGCAUUUUCACAACUUGUGUAGACAAAUUCAAUCUCAGCUCAUUGGUGAGUAUAGUGUUUUUUCUGUGUUAAACAUGUUGCCUUAUUGAGUCUAUGAGUAACACAUUAACCUGUAAAAUCCAAGUUAUAUUUAAUAUUCUGCUGAUAUGUUUGACAUUAUAUAAAUUAGAUAUUUUUAAUAUUUUAAAUAAUGAUAAUAUCCUGCUGUUUUGUUGAGAAUGAAGCUUUACUUGCCAUUUGUACAUUGGCUGGGGAAGCACACCUGCUAAAUACCAAAGACAUUGUUUGCACAGGGGUGUAAUGAGAUUUGUAUCAGUAAUUUCAAUACUAUGGUCAUCGAGACAACCAUCCAAGUCAGGCAAAAGUAAUUAACCUGCUUCACUGCCAAAGGAUAGCAGAGCAUAUACCCAGAACAUCACACUGUAAUCAGGGACUUCUGACAUAAUAGUUUUCUGUGAAUCUACUGUUUUAUACACUCUAUUUAUAGAAGAAACAGACACUGUAUCUCAUAUUAGGCUGUCACACUGAAGAGUCAAGACACAAGACUCUCGAUAGAAGAACGUAGCAUUUUCUACAUUUUCUGCCAGUUGUACUUAAUUAAUUAGACUCUUGGGAAACCCUUAUGUCACAAAGGGUGUAACCAUCUCAGUUAACUGAAAGUGACUUCUACUGUAAUAGUUCACACAACAGUAUCAGAACAUGAAGGCUGACGAUCUUAGAUCUUCUUAGACUUUAUAACAUUACUGGUGUAUGUUUAUUCUGGUAGACAUUUGCAGCUUGUGUGCUGUGAAACUUGAAGAUUGACCUGAUAAUGGAUUGAACGUAUUAUUGGCGUAGUUGGGAAUGUGUGGUUUAUUAAUCAUUGGAUAAGGUUAAACUAUUUAUUGUCCAUACUUCCUCUAAGAUCUAAAAAAAACCUGUAGCACUUUUAUCUCAGAAGAAGAGCCAUAAUAACUAUACUUUAGGCUUUCUUUGGGGCUUGAGCAACAUUCUCAUCUCUACAAGGAAUCCACUAUAGAUAAGCUUCCUAGGACAGAUGGACAAGGAUGCACAAGGAUGUUUUUUGGAAACCUCCAAAUAUUGAAGUACAAGUUCAUUUCUGAAGUGUGUAUGAGCACGUUUUCUCAGACCAGCUGACCCGAGACAAUAGUAUAGAUUAUAAUAUGAAGAAGACAGGAUUUAGAAAAGAAUGCCUGUAACAUCAGACACAAGCAGCAAAGGUAUGGGAUACUUUGUUUCUCAGUUUGUUCUAAUACUUUCAACAAUGUGAAGGGAUGAUCCAAUGAGUUGGCAUUUCCAAAAAUGUCCUUGCAAAGUUUCAUUCGUAAUGUGUGUAUUUGAAUGUGUGGGUGUGUGUGUGCGUGUGCACAAACAUUAUACUGUAUAUUUAUACAUAUAUAUAUAUAUUUGUGUUAAAUUAUCCACACACAUGGUGUGCCAAUUAUUUAAGUUGUUUCACAAUGUUUUGCUUGGUUUUCUUUCUCUUUCUUUUUUAAGCAUAUGCCCAGGUAACAAACGUGUGAGAUGACUCACAUGAUAUAAUUGCACCCAUAGUGGGUGGAUACUUUGUUCUGAGGCUUUGAAGGCUUUGACAGCAGUAGUGGCCAGAGGCUGCCAAUCUCCUUUGAGAUGUAGAGGGACUUUUCGUGGUCAGUCCAGGACCUGGUGAAUGUAUCCAAGGUCAUGACUUUUACUUCUAUGUAAAAGGUUCCCGCACACAAUCAUUGUUUCCUUUUUUAGAAUCAAAAGAAAUGUAUUUAUACACACACUGUAGUAAAUAUAUGUAAAUUCAAACGAAUGAAAGUCUCGAAUGAAAGUCUUUUUUUCUGUUAUUGUAACAUGUAUUGUAACAUCUUUACGUUUCAAAUACCCCACGAUUGACAUUACUACACAUUUGGUCCACACAUUUGCAAAUCUACAUAAUUUAAAUUACAAUACAGAAACAAUAUGAAUGUAGCAUUAAUGAAUAGCUGCUAUCAACAUGAUAAACCUGUGUAUUUUAUUAUAGAUGACAAACUAUUUUAUUGGGAUAAGAAUAUGCCUUGAAUAAUCAAAUUCAUGAGAAGGAGAGUAGUCAACACUACAACUGCAGUAAAACAACUCCAGAACAGCACAUAGAACAAGAAUUGUUUAUUAAAAUACAAAACUCAGUCAACAUUUUGCACUACACAAAUCCUUCACUUGCCACACUAUUUGCAAAAGAAUAGCUCUUAAAAUUGCCAAUGGCAUGAAAAGCUAAGGAUUUACAGAAGACCUGAAAAGUCUGGCAGUUGACAGUAUCUUCUCUCAGCCCCAUCCCUCUACAAAAGCAAACAGCCAGGAUUUUAAACCAUCAAGACUUACGACAAAACCAGGUAAAAUAUACAUACACAGACACAUAUACAAA